CAACUGAAAAACGAUCGAAAAAAUAAUAAUAACAGGGACACUUUAGCGGUAACUAUAGCAGCAAGUAACUAUAGCAACGCGGCCGAGAAUAAAGUUAGCGGUUGAAAACAUUCGUAGACACUUGAUUUUGUCGUUUGUUUAACGUCUUUUUGUCAACCGCUAAGUGAUUUAACUCGAUACUAGUCUACUUUAGGGUAGGCGAAAUCGUUUGUAAAAACUCCAUUUCCCAGGACGCAUCACUUUCGCUGUAAACCCAACGGACGAAGAGCAAGAAAUAAAAAAAUAAAAAAAACGUAGAAAAACGGAAAUUUAGCUUAGAUUUAAAACAUGAAAGAGAAGACACUUGGUUUUGUGUUGAUUUUAACGUCUUUUUGUCAAACGUCUCAGUAUUUAAAUCGGUGUUAGUCUUACUUUAAAGUUUAAUGUGUGGAAAGCGACUGAACUUAAAAAAACACCAUUUCCCAGGAACACUUUCGCGGUAACCGUAGCAACAUGGAAUUAGAGCAAGAAGAAAGUUAGCUAGCGGUUGAAAACAUUCGUACUUUGUUUAACGUCUUUUUGUCAACCGUUAAGUUAUUUAAGUCGGUAUUAGUCUACAACGAACGAAGAGCAAGAACAAGCUUGAGUUAGAAAACUGGAAAGUUAGCUUAACAACAUAAUUCGUGUUAAAAAAAAUAAAAUAAAAUAAAAAUGUCUGAGCGACAAAACUCCAGCAGUUCAUCUUCACGAACAGAAGAAAGGAGUCCAACAGACGAGGGGACGUUUUCGGGCAACGACGGAGAGUUUUUCCGGUGUCUGGAGGAGUUUAUCGAGCAGGAGAAACGGUACCUGAAGUGUCCAGAAGAGGGACCGCACGAGCUCCGAUAUGUCAUCUACCGCCAUGUUUUUAAUAAGGUGAUUGGACGAGCGACGGCCUAUAAGAGGCUUCUGCUGGCCAUAAAGACGGAGUACGAUGAUGUCAUCAGGUCGCUGCAGAGGAUGGAGGAUGAGGCCAGGACGGCGCUACGAACUGUGGCGGCAUCGAAAUCACACUCAACAUCACUGAUGACCUGCCAGAGACGGGCCGCCCACAUGAGGGAGAGAAUCUGUGUCCUUCAGAGGGAAACUGCAGAACUUCAAGAGGAGAUGAAGAGACAGAAAUUAUCUGAAGGGCAGCGCACAUGGAUACCUGGUCUGACGGUGGCUGAAUCGGAGGAUCACGAGGCUCUGGACAGACACCUGAAGCAUCUUGAAUCCCAGAGAGCAGCUCUGCUGGACUGGAAGAGUCACUGCGUCCCUCUGGAGGUCAAAGCUGAGCUGGACGCAAAGCUGCAGGCCGCCGAGGACCACAAAGAUCAGCUGAGCAGCAAGAACAGACGUCUAAAAGUCCUAUACAAGCUUCUGAGUUUAUUGUCCGACCGUCUGUCCAGCUGGGAGGACGACAAGCAGCAGGUUUCUCUGGAGGAACUCUUGGAGUCCACAGUGGAGAACUUCAGACAGACCAGCGGGAUGGACGAUGACGCCCGCAACAUCGACGCCAAACUGUUUGAGCACGAAGAGCCGACUGGAUUCGACGAGUCCAAACUCCUGGAAGAUUACCUGGACAGGUUUAUCGAGCUCUUUGACUCGGCUCAGUAUGAAGAAGCUGCUCUCCUCGCUGCCAGAUCUCCUCGAGGAGUCCUGAGGAACCUCGACACCAUGGAGAUGUUUAAAGGUGUGAAGGCUCCCCCGGGGUCUGUCCCCCCUGUCUUCCUCUUCUUCCAGGCCCUUCUGAUCACCGUCCCGGCCGGUGGCGAGCUGCCUGCUGUUCUCUCCCUGCAGCUGGUCCACUGUUUCCUGCAGCGUGGCGUCAUGCAGCUGGUCACCCACGCUGUCAGCAACAACAAACUGAGCUUCUCUGAGGAUCUGGGCGACCUCCUGACUGAGCAUGCUCAGAAGAACCCCCGCGUGGCUGACGUGUGUCUGGCGUUGGCUACCAUCGUCUACGAGGCCUGCGGGAUGGACAGGAAGACCGCACUGAGCAUGUGCAGGAGGGGCUUGAUCCACAGCGCCGCCAACUUCAUGGACCACUGCGAGGAACUCACAGCUGAGGACUGUAUGUGGGUUCUGUGUCUCUCGCCCAGCCUCUCCCUCCUCCAGCUGUUGACGGCUCCUCAGCAGGGCCGGGCGGCCAUCUUGUCUGUGGGCGUGGCCUGUUCCACUCUGCUGUCUGACCCUCAGCAGCAGCAGCUCUCUCUGCAGCUCCUGGACAGCUUGGUCAGCAGAGGACGAGGGGUUUUAGAGGAGGCCAUCCUGCAGGACAGCAGCUCUUCUGUGGACCUUUGGACCAACGUGGCAUCUCUGUGCUCCGAGCUGAACCGGGCCGACCUGAGCCGGGCCGUUCUGUCCGUCCUGCUGGGCCAGAGCGGGACCAGCGUCCUGUCCCCGGACCUGGAGGGAGCCCGGCUUAUGGAGCACGUCUUCUUCUGAAAACUGAAGCUGAAAGGUAGAAUAAUCACAGCGGAGUGAAGAGUAAACACCGGCUGGUAUUAACCUGUUUGAAAACACUGAAAGAGUUCUGAUAGAUGUUGUAAAAGCAGCUUUACGUCUCUACGUUUAUAUAUUAAAUAUUAAAUCCGAGGACCUUUGAAUGACUGUUCCUGUAGUGUAAUUUAAAGGCUUAAAUUGUUGUGUGUCGUGUUGUAACUAGAGCUGCAAAGAUGU